AAGCUGUGCUGGUCCUAGGGGAAGGGAAGGGACAGGGGUCCCCGGAGAAGAAGAAGGAGAUCCACCCCAGCCCCGCGAAGCCAUUACCUUUUUCCUGAGAACAUCGGCCCGAGAAUCACCUAGGAGAGAAGAUGAGGUCAUUUGGGGGCCCGCCCUGCGCGGAUGCCGGGGCACAGGCUAUCACCACGACCCCCUCAUCCCCAGUCACGCGCAGGGCUGACCCCCGCACCUGGAUCUGCCCCCGGGUCUUGCUGGGGGAGCCGGGCAGCACGGUGGGCAGGUUAAUGCAACUCAUGGCGCCUCCGGGAAGUUCACGGAUCCAAGGGUUCUCCACCGCGGUCCCGCAGCCAAGCGAGGCGGGGCUCUGGCAGUAUAAAGAAGCGACACGCACGUCGGCUCUAGACACCGCGAUGGCUAUCUCAGAUGUGGGUCUCCCAGGCGAGGUUCCUUGGAAGAAGAUGUCUGCAGAGGAGCUGGAGAAUCAGUACCGUCCCAGCCAAUGGGUUGUCCGACUGGGAGCAGAGGAAGCCUUGAGGACCUACUCACAGAUAGGAAUUGAAGCCACCAGGAGGGCCCGGGCCACCAGGAAGAGCCUGCUGCAUGUCCCCUAUGGAGACGGCGAAGGGGAGAAAGUGGACAUUUACUUCCCUGACAAGGCAGCUGAAGCUUUGCCUUUCUUCCUGUUCUUUCACGGAGGAUACUGGCAGAGUGGAAGUAAGGACGAGUCUGCCUUCAUGGUCGACCCGCUGACGGCACAGGGAGUGGCCGUGGUAAUAGUGGCUUAUGACAUCGCCCCCAAAGGCACCCUGGACCAGAUGGUAGACCAGGUGACCCGCAGCGUUGCGUUUGUCCAGACGCGGUAUCCAAGCAAUGGGGGAAUUUACCUAUGUGGACAUUCAGCCGGGGCCCACCUGGCCGCCAUGAUGCUCCUUGCCAACUGGACCAAGCAUGGGGUCACGCCCAACCUCAAAGGGUUUUUCCUCGUGAGUGGGGUCUUUGACCUGGAGCCCAUCAUGUAUACUUCACAGAACAUCGCUCUGCAGCUGACCCUGGAGGACGCUCAGAGGAACAGCCCCCAGCUGAAGGUGGCCCAGGCGCAGCCGGUGGACCCCAUCUGCCGUGUGCUGGUGGUCGUGGGCCAGUUCGACUCCCCCGAAUUUCACCGACAGUCCUGGGAGUUUUACCAGACCCUGUGUCAAGGAGAGUGGAAAGCCUCGUUUGAACAGCUCCAUGAUGUGGACCACUUUGAAAUCGUUGAGAAUCUGACCCAGAAGGACAACGUGCUCACCCAGAUUAUCUUGAAAACGAUCUUCCAGUAGUUCUGACAACACCUGGAGCCUGGUCCAAGUGCACCCCACCUUGGGAAGCCUCUCCAAAGAGCUUUCGGAGCUGAAGCUGCCAGCUUCAAUUUUCCCCAGCACCCAGGAGAGCCUUGCUGUGUCUGCCUGCCCGGCAAGAGUCCAUUCUCACUGCUGGGAUACUUGUGAAAAUCUCCAGGUCCUCCCUCUUCCCAGCCCGGAUGGAGCUUCAGGGAGGCUCCAGGGAACGUCCACGAGUCAAUGCUCAGAGAUGCCGGGAGCCACCUGUAAGCCUCAUCUGGCCCCUCUAUCUGCUGACAGAACAUGACAAAGAUGACUUACCUCUAGCGUUUUUGUAUGACCCACCAGCUAAGAAUGGCAUCACUUUUUUUUUUUUUUGGAGAUGGAGUCUCACUCUGUCACCCAGCCUGGAGUGCAGUGGUGUGAUCUCGGCUCACUGCAACCUCCACCUCCCAGGUUCAAGCAAUUCUCCUGCCUCAGCCUCCCGAACAGCUGGGACUACAGGCGCCUGCCACCGCGCCCAGCCAGAAUGGCAUUAUAUUUUUAGAAGGUUCAUAAAGAAGCACAAAAAAUAUUAUUUCAUAACAUGUAGAAAUUACAUAAAACUUAAAUUUCCAUGUUGAUAAAUAAAGUUGUAUUGGGACACGGCCCUGUUCGUUCAUUUACGUAUUGACUAGGGCAGCUUUCCAGCUACAGGGCAGAGCGGAGUGGUGGUGACAGUGACCUCCUGGCCCGUACUGCCUGAGGCAUUUCCUAUCUGGCCCUUUUCAGGAAAAGUUUGCGGACCCCUGGGUAAGGGCUUCCCCAAGCCAGCUACCCUCCGCCUUCUGCUUCAGUCUCCUGUCUGCCCUGUCCUCCGUCUCCCUGACAUUUGGGUCUGUCCCUGAAUGCCCCAGGGUCUCAGCGUUGGGACCAACACCUUGACCUUGAUGGGACAAUGCUACCCACAUGUAGGACAAGCGUCUGCUGCACCCCAAGAAUGGUGUGCAUGUCCCAAGAAGCCAGCUACAUCCAUCCACCACCCACCCCACCACACCGCCUCUUUCUCUCACACUGAAUAGCAUUCAAGAAUUUCCACUGUGGGCCGGGCACGGUGGCUCAUGCCUGUAAUCCCAGCACUUUCGGAGGCCAAGGUGGGCGAAUCACCUGAGGUCAGGAGUUCAAGACCAGCCUGGCCAACAUGGCAAAACCCUGUCUCUACUAAAAAUACAAAAAUUAGCCAGGUGUGGUGGUGCACACCUGUAAUCCUAGAUACUUGGGAGGCUGAGGCAGGAGAAUCACUUGAAUCCAGGAGGCGGAGGUUGCAGUGAGCUGAGACUGUGCCCCUGCACCCCAGCCUGGGUGACAGAGCCAGACUCCAUCUCAAAGAAAAAAAAAAAAAAAACAAUUUCUACUGUGUGUGUGCAGCAAGCCAUCAUGACACACAUUUACCUGUGUAACAAACCUGCACAUCCUACACAUAUACCCUGGAACUUAAAGUAAAAGUUGGGGGGAAAAAAUAGAAUUUCCACUGUGACGUUAUUGAGUAUAGCAAAAACACAAGAAACAGCCUAGUGUUCAUUAGGGCAUAAACGCAUUCAAGCAGCAUCAAACCCUGCAGCCAUUACAAAGAGAUCUAUGUUGACCACGUGGAAUAUCUCCAAGAGCCACAAUAGCCUCUCUUAUCCACGGGAUUCACUCCAAGACCUUCUGAAACCAUGGAUAAUACUGAACCCUGUGUACACUAUGUUCUUUCCUGUAUAUACAUACCUAUGAUAAAGUUUAAUUUAUAAACUGGCAAA